CCAUGGUCGAUGUUGCUCAAGUCUGUGGCGAAUUCAUAGUGUGACCUUUAUCUUCACGCAACACUUAACUUGGCUUUCUUGGUAAAGGUCAUUCGUCGAGAGCCUGGCCUCCGUUCCCCAGAGUCGAUCCUUUAGAUUGGUAACUUGACGUUCCACGGACUUCUUGUCACCAUGGUAGCACAGGCGAAGACACCUCUCCAGGUGAUUGUUGUUGGGUAGGAAUUGGUGGCAUGGCAGCAGCCCUGACUUUGGGGUCAAAAGGACACCAUGUCAUAAUUCUGGAAUCUGCUCCGAAACUCCUGGAGGUCGGUGCCGGUAUUCAAGUUUCCCCGAAUAUGUUACGGCUUUUUGACCGCUGGGGCGUAUCUCCGUUAAUCCACUCUAAAGAUGUUGCCCUGGAGCAUAUCCAUGUCCGCCGGUGGCAAGACGGUAGCCUUUUAGGGACGAUGCCCGUAAACAAGACAUACGGUCAGCAGGUAGUUAUUCAUCGUGCAGAUCUCCAUAACGCCCUAAUUGAGCGAGCGCUGGCGCUACCAAAUGUGGAACUUCGAGUAAACUCGACCGUCACCGAUGUUCAAUUUGACCCAGCAUCUGUGACGUUAGCCGAUGACACUAUUGUUCAAGGGGAUGUUGUGAUAGCUGCUGACGGCAUUAAAUCUACCAUCCGCGGACACCUACUUGGCGAGGACGCGCCCUCUAAGGUCAUCCCAACAGGUGAUGCAGCCUAUCGGAUCAUGUUGCCACGAAGCGCGAUGGAAAAAGAUCCAGAAUUGAGAGAACUAGUGGACGAGCCACAAGCAACUCGUUGGCUCGGUCCUGAGCGCCACAUCAUUGCCUAUCCCGUUCGCAAGCAUGAGCUCUUCAACGUGGUACUACUUCAUCCGGAUGGACAUGGCGUGGAGGAGUCGUGGACCACCAAAGGAUCGAAGGAAGAAAUGGUGGACAACUACCGCGGCUGGGAUCGAAGGGUGCGGAAGCUCAUUGACUUAGUUGCGGAAGAUGAAGUUCUUGAGUGGAAGCUCUGUUUGCAUUCUCCAUUGAAAACUUGGAUUAAAGGUAGUGUGGCGUUAAUUGGUGACGCUUGCCAUCCUAUGCUGCCAUACGUGGCUCAAGGCGCCGCGCAGGCUGUCGAAGAUGCUGCCGCCCUGGGUGUCCUUUUAUCAACAAUUUCAUCCAAAAAUGAAAUACCUAUGGCCCUCCAGGCAUACGAAAAGUCCCGGAAGCAACGCGCGGAGACAGUUCAGCAGUCCGGCUCGGCGAACCGUAUCACGCUGCAUUUUCCUGACGGGCCAGAACAGCAGGCUAGAGACGAGCAGUUCCGUCUAUCGAUGACCGGAGGGUCUAAUCCCGAUCGAUGGACUGAUCGUGAGACGCAGAAUUUCUUAUGGGGAUGGGAUGCCGAGAAAGCUGCCCUGGAGGCCUGGAAUGAAAUACGCGAUGAGAGUGUGCUUGAACCGCGUCAUCACUUGUAGUGGGGUUCUUUCAACCCAGUGGUCGGAUUAAAUGCUUAGGCGCACGUGCGCCGUACAGCACCAUGUUCUAAGUGAACAAAGGGCUACUUCCACAUAUAUUAAGCGAUUGGUUUCAUGUUUAUACAGCGCUCGACUCAUGUAUAUACCGAGGUUUCUUUAGCUGUUCCUACUUUGAGGACCGGAUUUAUGUAAAUAUGGUCGGAACAUGAUUUAUAUUACGAUUAUAGAUUAAAA